CGUCAAGACAAGAAGAUCUUGCUGGAUUCUCUAUUUGAGUUGUGCAGUUGGCAUGCUCAUGCCAAAUUACGCCUCCAUACUGACAAUACUCUUGAGAUCUUUGAGGCAUCUACCUCAUCUCUGGGUGCAAUUCUGUGCAAGUUCAAACAAGAGGUUUGUUCUUCAUAUGAUACUAAGGAAAUUCCACCAGAAACAGCAGCCUGA